AUGGCAACUCCAAGCUUUCGCUACGUUGGCAACAGCAUCUACUGCGCAGGCUGGCUUGAAUCAUGUCUGAGGUUCUUCUUCACAGGAAAACUGACCAAAGCUAAGAGGCUGGUGGUGAACGAGGGCAGCUCUAUCUCUAGUAUCUCAGCCCGCUCGUGGAUCAGUCGAGAGGCACGGGAUCCGUCGCUGCUCGUCAACGCCUGUGUCAACAAACUACUGCUCUACAGGGUCGUGGAUAAUGAGGGAACACUACAGCUGAAGAGGAGUUUCCCCAUUCAACACGGAUCCCAACCGCUGCACAGCAUCUUCUGUCCUCUCAUGUCCUUCAGACAGGGAGCCUGUGUUGUCACUGGCAGCGAGGAUGCAUGCGUCUACUUUUUCGACGUUGAGCGCAACACUAAGGCCAUCGUUAACAAGCUGCAGGGCCACAGCGGGCCCGUCCUGGACGUGAGCUUCAACUGCGACGAAAGCCUGCUGGCCUCCUCUGACGCCACCGGCAUGGUGAUCAUCUGGAGACGGGAGCAGAAGUAACCAUGGCAACUCCAAGCUUUCGCUACGUUGGCAACAGCAUCUACUGCGCAGGCUGGCUUGAAUCAUGUGCAAUGAAACUCCUACUGUAAAUGUCAAGAUGACUGUUGUGUUUUGAGUGAGUCUGAACGAAAUCAUGUGGACCAUGAAAGAAACUUGUGUCUUAUCUUUGUUUUAGAGCUGAUAUUUCUGUUUUUAUUGGUUUUGUGGGAUGUGGCGCUCGUUUGUGGAAUUCAUUAGUGCUUUGUGGUCAUUAAUAUAAUCAUAUAUAUAUAU